GGUGGAUAGGACGAGGUUUGGAUCUGAUGAAAUUGGCAGUCGGGGUUGGGGUCGUGGAUCUACAACGGUGAAGGGUGAAGCGCGCGCGUGGUCCAGCAUCAUUGCUGCCCAUUCGUGUCGCGGAUAGAUCGUACGAGAUUUUAAGCUGGCGGGCAAUCUGGCUCGUUCCCCCGUGGUGGUGGGUGGAAGCGGCGGCGGCGGUGGCGGCGGCGGGGUACCUGCCGGAGGUGGAGGCGGAACCGGUGCUGGGGCUGCUGGAGGCAGCGGAGGUGCUAACGGAGCCGGCGGUACGGGAGCUCCUGGUUCGGCCGAAGAUGCUGCUGGUCAGGUUCGGCCAAUGCUCGAUUGGGUCGAUCCCGGGGAUCGAUUUUCCUUUGAGGAUUCGGAUCGCUUCGAAGAAGACUCGCUAUGCAGUUGGAGCAGCGAAGCUGAGUCUUUGAUAAAUAAUUGGCGAGGAUGGCGGCGACCACCAGUCGGUUUUGGCACCUCUAAAAAAUCGGGCGAAGAAGGUCAAAUCGUUCCAACGCUAUGCGAAUUGUCAGCAAGAUGCGUCGCCUCGCACAUACCGUUCGAGCUCGUGGAGCACGUAUAUCCGCCAGUCCCGGAACAACUUCAGCUAAGGAUAGCCUUCUGGAGUUUCCCCGACAACGAGGAGGACAUAAGGCUUUACUCGUGCCUCGCAAACGGCAGCGCCGACGAGUUCCAGCGUGGCGAACAUUUAUUCCGUUCACGAAGUGUCAAAGAACCCUUACAAAUAGGUUUUCAUUUGAGCGCAAGUGUUCACGUUCAAAUGCUUUCGGCAUCGAGCGGCGCGAGGACCCAAUUCAAUGUCGCCGUUACGUUUGAUCGUCGUCGUAUCACGUCGUGCAAUUGCACUUGCUCAUCAACGGCGUACUGGUGUUCUCAUGUCGUCGCCGUAUGUCUUCACAGAAUCCACAUGCCAACGCAAGUAUGCCUGAGAGCACCAGUGAGCGAGUCCCUGUCACGUUUGCACCGUGAACAAUUGCAAAAGUUCGCCCAAUAUUUGAUAAGCGAAUUGCCGCAACAGAUAUUGCCAACAGCUCAGCGUUUGUUGGACGAACUAUUGUCGGCGCAACCGAGCGCGAUAAACAGUUAUUGCGGCGCCCCGGAUCCGACGGCGGGGGCGUCGGCCCACGAUCAGACCUCCUGGUACUUGGACGAAAAGACUCUCCACGGGAACAUCAAGAAGAUUCUCAUAAAAUUCUGUGUUCCUGCGCCAAUAGUGUUCAGCGAUGUUAAUUAUUUGAGUACGACAGCCCCGCCAGCGGCAACGGAAUGGUCUUCUUUGUUGCGUCCGUUGCGAGGCCGCGAGCCCGAAGGAAUGUGGAAUUUGUUGUCGAUCGUUCGCGAAAUGUUCAAACGUACCGAUCGCAACGCGAUUCCACUCUUAGAAAUAAUAACCGAGGAAUGCAUGGCCUGCGAGCAAUUUCUUGUUUGGUGGUUCAACACGAAAGUCGCUCUUCUCAACGGCACCGGACAUGGCAGCGGUAAACAUGGCAGUGUCAAUAGUAGCGCCCAAGCUGCUCAGCACGCUUGCUCCUCUCUGUGCGACGAAAUCGUCGUUCUCUGGAGACUCGCCGCCCUAAAUCCUGGCCUUUCACCCUCCGAACGUGAAAUGCUCCACGGACAAUUCACCGAUUGGCACAUGAAAAUCAUCGACAAAGUAACCAAAAGUCGUGGCAGCACCGUCUCCCAUAACACACAAAAUCGCAGCCAUCCUGGACCCCAAAAAGACUCGCUCAAACCCGACCUCGAAAUUUUCACGGGCUUCAAACCUGCUCUUGAAGCUUGCUACAUGGAUUGGGACGAAUAUCCUUUGCCUGGUAUCACUUAUACCGCUGGCAGCAAUCCAAUGUAUCAUUGUCCGUUCACUUGCUUCAGACAUGCCGGUGAUAUACGGACUGAGGUUAAUCAGGUGAAUUCGAGCGCAGCUGUAUUGAAUUGCCAGCCACCAACUUCCCACCAUCAUGGCAGACGUCCCCUCAACCUCGGCUUGGUUGAGUUCAGUUAUAUGGAUAGGAAGCGACUUAAUUCUCGUGAAUUUCCGGGUUUCUGCUCGAGAAGGGGAGGCGGCGGCGACGGUAAUCGAAGCAGUGUGAGUUCUGAGGGUUUUUGCGAAAACGAUGCGGACAUGGCGAAUCUGCCACCAUUUUUGGGCCCACGUCAAGUUGUUCUUGUUAGACCACCUUAUGGCGAAUUUGUAACUUGUGGCGACACUGAUUCUCAGGAGGGAGGCGGUAGCGAAUCUUCAUCGAACAGUAACGUCAGUUUAAAGAACGCUCAAGACUCGGACAAGCAUCGCUCAAACGCCUCGUCCGAGACGCAUAGUGAUAGUAGUGAUAGUAGUAAUAAUAAAGGUGUUGUUUGCGAGGUUAAGUGCGCGCGGACAAACGUUGUUGAGUACAGAGAUCCCGUAGCGGGUACAUCGCGAGGUGGACCGUCGGUAACGAACAAAGUAGUCGUUGAGAAGAGAGAGAAUGAAUCGGACGCGGAGAAAGAUCCAUCGAGACGACCAUCCAAGGACGAGAGUUCGUCAUCGAGCAGUGACAGUCCGUCCGGUGACGAGUACAACGUUUAUUAUUAUGAUCCGAAAGCGGCUGCUAGUGCAGCUGUUAACGAGGGUAAAGAUGCGAAAGUGGAUUUACCCGGUAGUGCGAACGCUAGCGCUGUACUCGGUAAUCUCAAAAAGACCGAAGAUCCGUGGGACGUUUUGUUUGCACGUGCUGAAGGAUUAUCCGCUCACGGUCACACUCGUGAAGCUUGCAUCCUUGGCAUCAAAUUGGCCGAAGAAUUGCUCGUCAAUCCUCCUAACCUUAUGAUCGAAGUUCCACCGAUGCCAGUCAAAGGAAAACGUAAAAAGCAACCAGUGAAUCCUGCAUCGCAUCAAUUGACGUGUUUGGCUUCGGCGACACUGGCAAAAUGUGGUUUUCUCUGUACUGUAUUGGCGGAAAAUCCGGAUCAUCAUAACCUUGCAUUCAGGGUUGGUUUGUUUGGGCUCGAAAUGGCCCGACCGCCAGCGAGUACGAAACCGUUGGAAGUGAAAUUGGCGCAUCAGGAAAGUGAACUCGUUGGUUUGCUUAAGAGAAUACCACUCGGCCCGGCUGAAUUGUCCAUGGUGCGACACAGGGCCGAACAGUUGAGGGACGGUGUUUUGAGGUCUCGAGGCCAUGCCCUUUUACCGAUAAUGCUAGCGAGUUUUAUCUUUGAUGCUCUCAAUACACCGAGACUUCAAGCCGAUUGGCCUGUACUUGCAAACGCGGGCGAUGAAAAUCUCGGUUUCGAUGCGGCUGUUGCCGCACUCGGACUCAAAGCCAAUGUUAGCGAAGCCGACCAUCCUCUCUUGUGCGAAGGAACUCGUCGGCAAAGAGGAGAUCUGGCUAUCACGAUACUCGUUCAUUACAAGGACGAUCCCAAGAAAGUAGCUAAAAUAAUGGACAAGCUAUUGGAUCGCGAUGUUCAUCAGUUGAUAAAAGCGCCAAUCCUCAGCAGUUAUUACAGCUCCAAUCCACCAACUAAGAGUCAGCUGGCAAGUAUUCGUCGUGCAAAAACAUGUUUGGCACCACUGGCUGGUGCUGACGGCAGUGUUAAUGGGGAUAACUGUGUUGGUACGAGCAGUCGUCCUCACAGCAGCACGAGUGCCGAACUCGACACAGGCAUGAGUCAGUUGACCGUUCAACCCCAAAUGACUCAGACUUCUGUGUCGACAAGGACCAAGGAAACGAGGUACAAGAGCAAAAGAGUGUACCCAUCGAUCCCGAAUCAACCUUCGGAAGCGGGAGCUCAUUUUAUGUUCGAGCUUGCAAAGACCGUGCUUGCAAAAGCCGGUGGCAAUAGUUCAACAUCGCUCUUCACUCAAGCCUCGACGAAUCAGAACCAUCAUGGUCCUCAGCGUGCUCUACAUAUGUGUGCCUUUCAGCUCGGUCUUUAUGCUCUUGGUCUGCACAAUUGUGUCAGUUGUAAUUGGCUAAGUCGCACUUACUCGAGUCAUGUCUCAUGGAUAACUGGGCAAGCGAUGGAAAUUGGUGCGCCAGCUAUUUGGUUUUUGAUCGACAGUUGGGAAGGUCAUUUAACACCACCGGAAGCUGUCAGUAUAGCUGAUAAAUCUUCCAGGGGCAGCGAUCCAAACAUGGUUCGCGCAGCAGCCGAACUCGCACUUUCCUGUUUGCCACACGCUCACGCUCUCAAUCCAAACGAGAUUCAAAGAGCUAUUUUGCAGUGCAAAGAACAAAGUGAUGUUAUGCUGGAAAAAGCUUGCAUCACUGUUGAAAAUACCGCAAAGGGCGGCGGCGUUUAUCCCGAAGUAUUGUUUCAAGUUGCCAAAUACUGGUACGAGUUGUAUCUUAGGCAUACACCCGGAGGAGAACAACAGGACGAGAUACCACACGAUCCUUUACAGUUGGAUCCAAAUGGUGGUCUUAUGGUUGACACAGGGGCAACGGUUGAUUUGGCUACGGGACAAAUGAUGCCGGGCCCAGCUCCGACGGUCGUUGUAACGAGCACCCAACCACCCCCGCAACCGUAUCCACCACAUCCGGCUAUAACGACGUUGGCUCCUUUAGGAGUUCCAAUGUCGUACGCUGUACCGUACAGCUUCAUGCAUCCCCAUCAUGCGAUAUCAUCCUUUGGUGGGCCGAUGCCUCCUCACAGAGUAGCCUUACCGCCGCCGCCGCCUCACAUGCAACCUCGGCCUCCGCAGAUUUACCAUACUGCUUUUCAUCCCGGUCAUCCACAGCACGGCCAACAUCCUCAGCAUCCUCAACAUCCUCAACAUCCUCAACAUCCCCAACAUCCCCAACAUCCCCAGCAUCCUCGGCAUCCCCCACCAGUGACGCAACCGCCACCGGUACAACAAUAUUAUGCAUCACAACCAACCGUGACAACCGUCAACGUUCAUCCACCACCAGGGACUCACCAUAUGUUCAGCAUGCAACAACCGAUGCCGGUCAAUGUUCAAGCGAAUAUGGGUGGUCCUAUGCCGGGACAAAAUGGGAUGCCAGGGCCUUCUUUGGUUCAGGCACAACCAAUAAUAUCCACGGUGAGAGCGCAGCCGCAGGUUCACAGGCAAAGUCAACCAUUCAGCCCUCAGCAAUUGCGAGCUUUGGUCGCUGCCUAUCGCGUAGGAAUGUUGGCUUUGGAGACUCUCGCGCGAAGAGUCCACGACGACAGACCGCAGGCUAAAUACGCGCGAAAUCCACCCUACGGGGAGGAUGUUAAGUGGCUUUUAAGAAUUUCAAAGCGCCUUGGAACGCAAUGCUUUCAUAAGCUUUGCAUAUGCACAGUCAACAGUAUCGUCAGUCCCUUUGUACUUCACGACGUUGCCCUUGAAGCCGCUAAAUAUCUUUCACGAAGCAAUCCAGCACUUUACGUCCAACAUCUACGAUCUGCUCUUCUCGCUCCUCUCGUUCACAAAUGUCAACAAAUGUACAUCCAGUGCAUACAUCACAAAUUGUAUCACCUCAUAACGAGCGAGUACGAGGAAUUUGCGAGCGUCGUUUGCGCAGCGCGUGCUGCUUUUCACAUUACGCCCGAAGGUCAUACGCAAUUUAAGGAAUGGCUGCAGUCAUUGAAACGAUCACCGGCCUGCAAUAAAGACUUGUGGGCGCAGAUUAACUCGGCUCUGCAAACAAACGGCAAAUGACACAGAGCGGAGCCAGGCAUGACGUGGCUCACCUCUCGUCCUCAUCCUACCGUAUCGUCAUCACAUCAAACAGCUCUUGUACUUCAACAUCCGCAUCAUUGUCAUUCCCAUCCGCAGAGCGUUAUGUGCGUUCACGGGCUGGCCACACUGAACAAACUUGCCUGGGACAAGAUCUCCGUUCCGUGCGUCGUCAAGGGGCCUUAUACGCCUAGAAUAAUUGCAACAGGCCAACAACAACAAUCACAACAACAGCAACAACAACACCAACACCAAUCUGCCCCGACUGUCGUGCGUCGCGAGAUUGUCGAUAAUGCGAAUUCUCAGGAUUUAGACCCUAUAGAGGAACGGUGUAGGUGAUUACGCUAAUUUCGUAUUUUUCAAUCAAUAAAAAGAAAGCAAAAGAGAAAAAAAACACACAAAAGAAAAAAAGAAAAGAAAAUUGAAAAAAAGAUAAGAAAACAAGAAAAAACACAACAUUAGUGCUCCGAAGCGAGCUUUGAAUGAUCACAUUAGAGUUGAUGAUUUUUUUUUUUUAUUCUUCCAAUAUUCGAUAAAUUCAAUCGAGUCUCGUCUAUUUAGUUCGGAAUAAAACUGUCGACUGGUUGCACUGUUUUUUUUUUUUUUGACUCCUGCAAUUGCGAACGUUUAUAUAUGCGAAUUAUGUUCACGUCUCAUUUGUUUUUUACGUUCGUUCUUUAAUUUUCGAUUAUGUAAAUCGAAUUAUCUGAUUUUGUGGGUUUUCGAAAUUUUAUUGUCGCUGCUGAAUUGAAAACUAGGAUGAAUAAAUUUAUUUUUAUUUUUUCAUUAUAAACCGUGAAAAAUCAUGAUAGCGUUUCAAUUAUGUAUGGUUCGAUAAAAGCUCGCUUCAAUGAGUUAAUUUUUAUGUUCAUACUCUCAACCCGUUUGCGUGUUGAUUACCAUGUUUUUUUGUCGGUUUUUUUAAAUAUUUUUUUUGUUUUUCGUUUCAUUCGAUUUUUUAAUGGCAACAAGUUAUAUACACUCAUGAAUGUGGAAAGAUAUUUUAAGUUUUGAAAAAUAUUCACGUAUCCACCAGUUUAAUGUUUACGAUAUAAAAAUUAUGAUUAAUUAAGAACAAGAUGAUUAAGAAGAAAAAAAAGGUAAUAGUGAUAAGAAUAAAAUAAAUAGACGGAAAAAGAAAAGACGAACGUGCUAAGCAACCGCGUAUCGUUGCUUCACGUGAACAAAAAAACAUGAAACCUGACACACUAUUACGCUCGGAAAUUUAAAUGAAAAUUCUUGUUAAUCAAAUCAGCCAAUCAAAACAAUGAAAGAACGGAGUGAAGAAAAUAAGAGAAUAAUAAAGUUUGGAACAAUUCGUCGGCUACACACGAACAGACAAACACGCGCACACACAUAACAUACACACGUAAACACAAAGAUUUUAUUGAACACGAUUUACAUUUAUAAAUCCGAACAAUUUGUCGUUUUAUCUCUCUCUCUCUCUUUUUCUCUAUCUCUUGUUCUCUCUCUCUCUCUCUCUCUCUCUCUACAUUUCCUGUUUUAGUUUUAACGUAGCUUAGCCCUCGUUUAGUUAGUAAAUUUUGAUUUCGAUUCUAUAGUUAGGAUGAAUUCUGUUCUUUUUCUUCCAGACUCUUUUCUCUAUUUCAUCACUUUUACUUUUCUCAAUUCAUUGAUAAAGCAUAGUAGAUAUAGUAGACAAUUAGUUUCAAUGAGCAAAUUCAUAUAACAACGAGUAUCUCAACAAGCUCACAUUAUUAAAAUCGCAUUAAUUAAAUACGUAUUCAAAUGUAACAAAUGAAAAUUUAUUCUCGGAUUUCCACAUCCCCAAUUUUCUUCUCAUUAUAUCGAAAAAUUCUUUUCCCCUGUUCGCAACAGCCUUUUUUCUAUCCCUACUUUCCCUUUUAAACUUUUUUCCUUUGAUUUUGUAUGGUAAAUCUAUACAUAAGACGUACACAAUCAUGCACCAUGUUCUCGUUUGUCAGUUAUUGGCAACUCAUCAAGGAAAUGAUCUCUGUAAUUUUUAAAUUAAAAGAAAAGAAAAAAAAAUAAAAUAAUUUGAAAUAUGAAUAAAAGAAGUAAAAAAACGAACAAAGAAGAAACAACAAUUAAAGCGGACAUAUCACCUUCGAAUCUCGAGUCACCCAACAACCUGUUUGUCGACGAAUAUUCGCGUGAACUUCGAUCGAUGAAUCGUCGUAAGAGAUUUUGUUUCGAUGUGUUUCUCCGCAAUUUCUCAUACCGUAAUGUUUCUCGAGAAUUCAUCGUAAAUUCUUCAAAAAUCAAGCGGCCACUGUGGGAUUGUGCGACAGAGAAGGACGAAGCGGGAUAUAAAACGAAAGAAUGGUGGCUCUCUCCAAACCUUUCGCUUUUAACUAGCAGAUUUGAUUUCACUUCAAAAUAUCGGGCACUUUUAGCUUGUAGCGAGUAAAAUAUUUUUUGCCAACAUCCCGUUUCGAUAUCAACGUGAACCAGUAUUAUUUCAUCUCAUCAAAUUCAGUUAGCGCCUAAAGAGUAUCAUGAAAAACUCCAAAAAAAAAAUAAGGGGAAAAAAAGAAACACGAUUAAACAAAAACUUUUUAUGUAA